AUGCUCGACUCAGAGCUGUAUCCACGCGGCGGGGACACUCAUCACGGGCAGCACGGACAUCAUCAUCACCAUCACCAUCAUCACCACCAUUAUAAGUCACCGCAUCACCGACACUACCACUCGCCCUCACCCCACCACCACCAUCAAGGGGUGGAGCGGGAACGAAAGUCAAGAUCUUCGCCCCGGCAUCACCAUCUGCAGCACAGUGAUGGCGAGAAGCUGAAGUACCAGAACGCGUUCGGUGGCUCGGUGGGCAAUAUCGGUGGCUCGUCUUCGUCGGAGAAAUAUCACAAGUACUUCCCGCACCAUCUGCUGUCGGGUGGUAGCGGUACCGGUGGCAGUGGUGGCUACUUCGAUCUGAGUGACAAACUGGACAGUCUGAAUUUAGGCGGCAGCCGAGGUUCGGAAAAGAGCAGUCUGAUUAGCGGGAGUGGAAGCAGUGCCCUUAGUGGUGGUGGAGAUAGUAACAAUAAUCAUCAGCAUCAUACGUCCGGUUCGGCCAGUAUCCUCAGCGAUACAACCGCGGCCGGAAGUGGUAGUAAUGCGAGUGGAGGAAGCAGUAAGAAGCGCACGAUAGUACUUGUGGGCGACGGAAGGAGCCGCGUGAGGCGAGUUGUGAGGACACAGACGAGACAGAUUACUGUGGUGAGCUACUCCGGACGGAAAAAGGAAACGGAAACGCACACCAGCCAUCACGCGACUAUUGUCAGUUUCCCACAAAAAAUCGAUCGCCCAGCGCAGAUCUACUCCACACAUCACCAUCAUCCGAGCAGCGGUGGCAGUGUUGCCAGCAACAAUGGGUUGCUCGCGAGCGGUGCCAGCAGCAGUCUCGGCAGCACCAGCCUGUGUGGAGUCGGACCCGGUGGAGGAUCGUACGUCUACGUGCACCAGCAGCAGCAGCAGCCCCAGCAGAACCACCAACAAUCAACGCAGCACUAUGUGUCACCGCAGCAGCUUACCUACCAUCUGCAUUCGGCGACCGGUGGCAACACCACCGGCAACGGAUACCAUCAUCACGGAUCGCACCAGAACAUCGCUACGCCCACCCUGCACAAGAAGGGCUCCAUCCGCAGCAAUGGCGAUGUGCUCAAGCGCACACGUGUGCAAAAUGCGUAUGAACUGUCGCAGGAUCUGCUGGACAAGCAGAUCGAACUGUUGGAGCGCAAAUACGGUGGAGUGAAGGCACGAAACGCAGCCCUUACGAUUCAGCGCGCCUUCCGCCACUACACGAUGGUGAAGAAGUUCGCCUCGAUCACGGCUAUGGCAAAGGCGGAGAAACGCAUGAGCCGUAGGGUUCAGCAACAGCAGCAACAGCAGCAAAGCGAGCUGGACAUGAUGCAUCACCAUCCACAUCACCUUCAGCCGGCCCUGGAGGAUGGACAGAUUUACGCCACCGAGGAUGGUACCAUGGUCGGUCAGCAGCGUGUCUGUGCAACAAUCUCCGCAACGCCACCAGGAACGCUACACCAUCGUGUAACACCGGUCCGCUCGAUGUCGCUGCGGGAACGUCGACUUGAUUCGAGCCCUAUCCCACGCAGUCAGUCCGGUACCGCAUCACCCGCUCCCGUCCCGAUCACCUCUUGGAGCCAAAGCCCAACCCAACUCGUAACGGGUGCGUCUACCCCACAGCAGCAGCAACAGCAGCAGCAGCAGUACUCCCAUCCACAUGUAAAUAUUCUGCACCAGCAGCAAGCGCAGCUAGCUGGGUACGGUUACACGCCGGCCGUGUCUGCCCCAUCGCAUGCGGUGAUGCAUCAUCACCAGCACCAACAGCAGCAACAGCAGCAGUACCAAAGCCAGUAUGGAUCACAGGAUUUGAAUGUGAGUGGUGCUAGCAGUAGCUCCCAGCUCGAUUCAACCGUAUCGUCGAUGAAUCUGUCCUGGAACUCACAGACGGCCAGCACACACCAAAGCCCUUACACGCCACACUACACGGCUGCACAGAUCUACAUGCGCCCGCGUGGUAUCGGCAUCGGUAGUUCGGGUGGUAGCAGUGGAAGUACGUCGAGUGCCAGUGGACGUAAGGUUCCGCCGGAAGUGCCCAAGCGUACCAGCAGUAUUACGGGCCCGGGAGGUCAACACACACCGAGUCGUUCGCUGCGUCCGAAUGGUUUGUGCAAGACGGCCGAGAACGGAAGUCUCAGCUCCGUGCAGUCAUCUGGUAGUGAUUCAUCUGCCUCAGCUGAGCGAGGCCUUGGAGGAGUCGGUAUUGAGCUGAUGGGAUCAUCCGACCGCUCCAGCUCACCGCAAUGGAAACGGAAGGGUCCAGGAAGCAGCCAGAGUGGUAGCAUUACACUUCUUCCCGCACAAUCGCCCGACCAUAUGCUAAUGAGUGCAAGUGCUGGUGAUAACGGUGGAGCUGCUGUACGCUCGAUUCACUCCACGGUGGCGACUGCUACUGCAGCAACAGCAACAGCUGUUAGUGGUGCUGGAAGUGCCAACGUAACGAUUGCCAGCAUCGAAAGUGAGUGCUUGAGCUCGCACACGAGUGCCGCUCAAUACUCGAUGGAGCAGCACGAUCAGAUCGUACACACGCCGACAUCGUACAAGGUGUCGGAAACGAUUCGCAAGCGCCAGUACCGCGUUGGGUUAAAUCUGUUCAACAAGAAACCCGAGCGAGGCAUCACGUACCUCAUCCGCAAGGGAUUCCUCGAGAAUACGCCCCAGGGUGUGGCACGGUUCUUGAUCUCUCGCAAGGGCCUAUCGCGGCAGAUGAUCGGAGAAUACUUGGGCAAUCUGCAAAACCCGUUCAACAUGGCCGUACUGGACUGCUUUGCCGGUGAGCUGGAUCUGUCCGGCAUGCAGGUGGACGUGGCGCUGCGCAAGUUCCAGGGCUACUUCCGUAUGCCGGGCGAGGCACAAAAGAUCGAACGGUUGAUGGAGGUGUUCUCGGCGCGGUACUGUCAGUGCAACAGUGACAUUGUCGCGCGGCUCCGUUCGCACGAUACCGUGUUUGUGCUCGCGUUCGCUAUCAUCAUGCUCAAUACGGAUCUGCACACGCCGAACCUGAAACCGGAGCGUCGCAUGCGAUGUGACGAUUUCGUAAAGAACCUACGCGGUAUUGACGAUUGUCACGAUAUCGAUCGAGAUAUGCUGAACGGUAUCUAUGAGCGAGUGAAGGCGAACGAGUUCAAACCCGGUUCGGAUCAUGUUACGCAGGUGAUGAAGGUGCAGGCGACGAUCGUGGGCAAGAAGCCGAAUCUGGCGUUACCGCACCGUCGACUGGUUUGCUAUUGCCGUCUGUACGAGAUCCCAGACAUAAACAAGAAGGAGCGGCCGGGUGUGCACCAGCGCGAGGUGUUUCUGUUUAACGAUCUGCUCGUCAUUACGAAAAUCUUCAGCAAGAAGAAAUCUUCCGUCACGUACACGUUCCGGAACAGUUACACACUGUGCGGAAUGGUUGUAACGCUGCUGGAUGUUCCAAACUAUCAAUUCUGCAUUCGGCUCUCGCAGAAGGUGGACGGUAAGGUACUAGUAACGUUUAACGCACGCAACGAGCACGAUCGGUGCAAGUUUGCCGAGGACCUGCGGGAAUCGAUUAGCGAGAUGGACGAGAUGGAAACGCUUCGUAUCGAGGCGGAACUGGAGCGCCAGAAGUCGGCUCGCGGUACCCGCACGACCAACAGCGAAAAUCGCGACAGUGGCGUCGCGGAUGUUGAGGUGUGCGCCGGCCCCUAUCCGGCCGGUGUCGGUAGUCUAGUGCCGGGUGGCGUCGGUGGAGUGUCACCGAACGAGUGUGGUCUCGCGCAUAGUGACGCCCAGCUGAAACGUAGCGCCCUCAGCAACUCGUUACUCGAUAUGCACGAACAAUUUGGCAAUGAAAAGCCGCAACGGCGCGGCAGCGUCGGCUCAUUAGAUAGUGGUAUGUCGAUAUCAUUUCAAUCCACCUCUGCAAGCACUGGCUCACGUAGCGAUAUCAAAGUACGAAUGCUGCCUCACAGCAACACCUCCGGUCAGAUAAUCAUGCAUGCCGGACAGCAUCCCGCUGCCCUUAUGGGUGCCAUCUAUCAUCAGCAAAUCCAUCACCAUCAACAGCACCAGCAGCAGCAGCAGCAACAGGCUAUGGGUACGGCACAUCAUCAUCCACAUGCGGUCGGCAGCAACAGCACCGCUGGAGGAGGAGUGAUCGUUUCGGUGGGUCCACCGGGAUCCUCCCAACAGCAGCAUCAUCACCACCAUCCCCCUGGUGGGCUACCUAUAACGGCUGCAACACCACAGCCAGUGCAGGCGAUGAACAACGGUAUGGUGAUGGCCGGUACGAGCACUACCACUAUCAACCCGAACAGCACCAGCAGCAACAACAGCAGUGGAGCUAUCCACCGACGCGAGCGGAAACCCUCCCGUACCGAAGAUGCCGCUACGGUAGCAGCACUGGCCCUGGCAGCCAGUGCGGGAGCCUCUAGCGCCAUGAACGCCUCCAGCAGCAGCAGCAGCAGCAACGCCGGAGGACCACCCAACAACACUGCAUCGGGCGGGAACUACGGUCGCUCAACGGAGGUGUAAAAGAUUACAAGCAGCAACCGGCAGCAAACGAUCAUCUCACAAUACAAUCACACACGGCAAGGAUCAUCAGCACCACCACCAUCACGAACACCGCUAUGAUCGACAUUAGUUAACACCUACUAGUAGAAGUAUGCUGUUGAUCAUACAGCAAUCUUUUUCUUUUUGUUUUAUAUAUUACUUUCCGCGCAUAUUUGUACAUAUUAGAUACUUAGAAGAAGUAAAAAGAAGGCAAGGUUUUUUUUUCGUUUCGUUUUGUUUCACUCGUAUGAGUGUGUAUGAGCUACGUACAUACAUACACACACGCGUCCCAAUUUGUUAAAUAUUAGGAGUUAUGCUUAGAUUGUUAGGUGAUUAUUUUAAUAUGCAAUCACACACUGAUCAUGUUGUCACACAGCUAAACGCGGAACUCCGGUAGGGAAAAGAGGGUUUAGUUUGUUUGUUUUGCAAUUCAAGUAUUUAAAUCGCGUUCUGUGUUGUGUAUGAAAAAAGUGCUCCUGAUGGUGCGGUGCGCUGACCUUGCCGGUGUAUGUUUGUGCAUGUUUAUACAUUAUGCCUCCUAUUCUACGCAGCUUCCCACUCUGGUAUCUCAUCUUCACCCCACCCAAUUCUAGUUCCUUUUUAGAUUGUAUAGCCGCGUCGAUCGAGCCAGAAGAAAAGGGAAUCACUUUUGUAAGGAAGGAGAUUUUCUUGUUGUCUUCCACGAGAAACACAAACGGAAGAAAGAUAAGGAAGAGAAGAGAGUUAAUCCCUUUUCCACCCCCCACACAAAUUUCCAUCUCCCCCUCAUUGUUUCGCUCUGUAUGUGUGUUUGUUCGUUCGUUUCAAUGUGUGUAUGUUUAUUAACACAAAAGUACUAAAAAAUGGUUAGCUAUUUCUUCUAAACAAGCGAAAAUACCCAAAGGAGUGAAAGGUGAAACCACAUUUUACUUCCCAUUUAAUGAUUCUCAUCUCUCUUCAUUGAAGAAAACAGAAACCGAAUAAUAGCUAUUAUUACUAUCACUCUCCUACUAUUACUACAUACGACCUGCUUUCUUUACAUAGUGUAACUCAUUCACGCAUUCACCAUUCGAACUUAUAGCUUAUCAGUUUAAGCAAAAAAGCAAUAAAAGCAGAAGAGGGUGGGGAGAGAGAAGAGAGCUCUCUCACUAUCGAUCUUUGUUCUUGGUGCCAUUUUGUUGGUUUUAGUAAGGUGAUCUAUGUUUCAGGGAAGAAUGGUUGGUAGUGCAACAGUAGUAGGUGCUUUCUCUACUCCGAUUCAUUCGAUCAUCUGUUCAGAAGCUUUCAUUUGCUCAUCAACAUACCUCGUAGAAACACAGAUAAACUUGCGCAUCUUAGCAACCCACUUGCUACUAACCCUAGCAACGUCGGCAUCUCAUGUUUCUAAAAGAGGAAAACCAAUGCAAAAACAAAAUUUCUGAUAUUUAAUUUAAACGAGGAGCAAAAACGUUAUAACAAUAAGAGGAAGUAAAAAUGCGUGUGUUUGUGUGUGUGUGUGUGUACACGGGGAGAAAUCCGGGGAAAGAGGACUGCGUCGGAAAGCAUUAAUGGUAGAUAGUGGACGAAAAAGCAGAAUAAGAAAGGAAGAAGGGUUACAGCUCCCUCGUCAUCCCGCUACUCUUACCAUGUGUAAUUUGUGUACUAUAUACCCGCUAUGCAUAUACUUAUAUACUACUAUGAUAUAUUUAAGAGUGGGAGAAUAAGAGAAUGAUCAUCUACCCCCCUCCCUCUCCCCUUACUUCCCAUUGUUUGGUUGGGUUCGGUAGGGAUGGGGGUGUGGCAAUGGGCUGGUGGCAUCAAGUGAUGCAUUGUCUAGUUUUCUAUCCGUUCUUUUUCCACACAGUGUCGAGACACCUUUUGGGGGAGGGAGAGGAAAGGCAGCAGCAGCAAAGGGUGUGUGUAAGUUUGGACUGUACGACCAAUUGACGCAAGGAAAUUGAUUGACCAAAAAAUACUAAAAAGGAGCUAAUUGUAAAACCAGAUAAGGUAGUAAAGAAAAAAAAACACACGCAGAUAAGAAAAGAAACGUGAAAGAUAAAAAAACAUUACAAAAAGAAGUAAGAAAAUUAGUGUUACAAACAUAGAAAGAGGAAGGAGAAGAAGGGAAGGGAUGGGGUAAGUGAAAACAAAACGAAUGGAAAGAAUGAAGCAAAAAAUAUACAAGUAAUCUAGUCCUGUUUCAAAUAUAUAUUAAAACGGUAAACGAAAGUAAUUAAUAAAAUUCAAUGCUAAGAAGAAAAAAACAUAAACUGUACGACACAACCAAACAAACAAUACACGAUUAAUAAGAUAAUAAAACAAACAGCACACACGAUUCAAAAGAGGCGUACGAGUGUAUGUGUAUGUUUGUGUGUGUGCUUGUGUACACCGAAAACAACAAAGACACCGGCCAGGGUUCGGUUGUCGUUUUUGUUCCCUUACUCAAUUCCUCCCCUAAACUCCCCUGCCCAGUAAAUCUUUACCGAGUCCCAUUCCCAACUUGCAUAACACAAAACCAAGCAGCGCGAAAAAUAAUAAAAGAAACAAGAACGAAUGAAUUCGAUACAACAUACAAAGUCCACAAUGAAAUAAAAUACAACACAAUAAUUGUAAAACGAAUCAUC